GAACCGGAACGACGUCAUCAGAACCCGACUAACGUUCAUUGUUUUCGAGGGUAGUAAAAGCUUUUCGACCCCCCGCCAGAGAAAACAGUUUUAAGCAUCUUGUGAACCAACGAAAUACUUUAUUAAACUAAUCACCGAUAAAGAAAUGAAUAGUCGCCUACAGGAGAUACGGGAAAAGCAGAAGCUGCGACGCCAGCUUCUAGCUCAACAGUUGGGAGCAGAGAGUGCGGACAGUAUUGGCGCCAUUCUGAACAGCAAAGACGAACUGAAGGAGAUUGAAGAGACCAGAGAGACAUGCAGGGCAUCGUUCGAUACUGCCGGGCCGAGCUCCAAGAGGAAGCUUCAGGUGGAGGGAGAGGACACAGAGGAGGACGUUGAGGAGCAGAAGGAAGAGUUGGAGGUGCUACCGCCAGAUGAGAGCAACCCUUAUGAAGAGGUCUACAAGGACUCUACCACCUUCCUCAAGGGUACCCAGAGUCUGAACCCCCAUAAUGACUACUGUCAACACUUUGUCGACACCGGACAUCGACCACAGAACUUCAUCAGAGACGUCGGUCUGGCUGACAGGUUUGAAGAGUAUCCUAAACUCAGAGAGCUGAUCAGACUGAAGGAUGAGUUGAUCUCAACCACCAACACCCCCCCCAUGUAUCUGCAGGCCGACCCAGAGCACUUUGACCUGCGUGACCUGAAGACUAAGUUUGAUGUGAUCCUGCUGGAGCCUCCGCUGGAGGAAUACUACCGAGAGUCAGGAAUACCCCACACAGAACGCUACUGGAACUGGGACGAUAUAAUGAAGCUGGAGAUAGAGGAAAUAUCAGCCCUGCGUUCCUUUGUCUUUCUCUGGUGUGGAUCAGGAGAGGGACUGGACCUGGGGAGAAUGUGUCUGAGAAAGUGGGGUUUCAGACGUUGUGAGGAUAUCUGUUGGAUCAAGACCAACAAGAACAACCCUGGAAAGACCAAAACCCUGGACCCUAAAGCUGUGUUUCAGAGAACCAAGGAACACUGUCUCAUGGGUAUUAAAGGAACAGUGCGGCGGUCUACAGAUGGGGAUUUCAUCCACGCCAACGUGGAUAUCGACCUGAUUAUCACCGAGGAGCCUGAGAUCGGGAACGUGGAGAAGCCGGUGGAGAUAUUCCACAUCAUAGAACACUUCUGUCUGGGGAGACGUCGACUACACCUGUUUGGACGAGACUCUACUAUCAGACCAGGUGAGAUAUUCCAUAUUAUAGAACACUUCUGUCUGGGGAGACGUCGACUACACCUGUUUGGACGGGACUCUACUAUCAGACCAGGUGAGAUAUUCCAUAUUAUAGAACACUUCUGUCUGGGGAGACGUCGACUACACCUGUUUGGACGAGACUCUACUAUCAGACCAGGUGAGAUAUUCCACAUCAUAGAACACUUCUGUCUGGGGAGACGUCGACUACACCUGUUUGGACGGGACUCUACUAUCAGACCAGGGUGGUUGACAGUAGGUCCUACUCUGACCAACAGUAACUUCAACUCAGAGUCUUACUCCUCCCACUUCUCAAUCACACAGUCUCACCUCUCAGGCUGUACAGAGGAGAUAGAACGUCUGCGACCCAAGUCACCUCCCUCCAAGCUGAAGUCAGACCGUGGAGGGGGGUCAUCCCGUGGGGGGCGUGGGGGUCCUAACGCCGGCCGGGGGGGGGACAGGGGCCGGGAGAGGAACAGGUCCUUUAGAGGGGACAGGGGAGGGUUCAGAGGUCGGGGGGGUCCACACCGCGGGUUCCCACCUCGCUAGGACAGACGGUUCAGAGGGGGGGUCCACACCGCCGGACAGACGGAUUAUACUGAGAGAUGGUCGGACACUCAUAUUCUAUACCCUCGUCCAGAAGUGUCCUCUCCUUCUCUCCUAGUGAUUGGGUUGGUGCCCCAGUCCUUUUAAAUCCACCAGGGGGAGUGAACGAGUGCACACUUCAGGAGAAGGGUGGACAGGAGCCACUCCCACCCCUCUCUCUCACUCACACACACACACACACACACCUCUCUCUCUCACACACACACACACACACACACACACACACACACACACACACACUCCCACCCCUCUCUCACACACACACACUCCCACCCCUCUCUCACACACACACACACACACACUCCCACCUCUCUCUCUCACACACACACACACACACACACACACCCCUCUCUCUCUCACACACACACACACACCCCCCUCUCUCACACACACACACACACACACACACACACACACACCCCUCUCUCUCACACACACACACACACACACACCCCUCUCUCUCACACACACACACACACACACACACACACACACACACACACCCCCCUCUCUCUCACACACACACACACACACACACACACACACACACACACACACACACCCCUCUCUCUCUCACACACACACACACACCCCCCUCUCUCACACACACACACACACACACACACACCCCUCUCUCUCACACACACACACACACACACACACACACACACACACACACACACACACACACACACACACACACACACACACACACACACACACACCCCUCUCUCUCACACACACACACACACACACACACACACACACCCCCCUCUCUCUCACACACACACACACACACACACACACACACACACACCCCACUCUCUCUCUCACACACACACACACACACACACACACCCCCCACUCUCUCUCACACACACACACACACACACACACACACACACACACACACACACACACACCCCCCUCUCUCUCACACACACACACACACACACACACACACACACACACACACACACACACACCCCUCUCUCUCUCACACACACACACACACACACACACACCCCCCUCUCUCACACACACACACACACACACACACACACACACACACACACACACACACACACACACACACACACACACACACACACACACACACCCCCCUCUCUCUCACACACACACACACACACACACACACACACACCCCUCUCUCUCUCACACACACACACACACACCCCCCUCUCUCACACACACACACACACACACACACACCCCUCUCUCUCACACACACACACACACACACACACACACACACACACACACACACACACACACACACACACACACACACACACACACACACACACACCCCUCUCUCUCACACACACACACACACACACACACCCCCCUCUCUCACACACACACACACACACACACACACACACACACCCCCCUCUCUCUCUCACACACACACACACACACACACACACCCCCCUCUCUCUCUCACACACACACACACACACACACACACACACACACACACACACACACCCCCCUCUCUCUCACACACACACACACACACACACACACACACACACACACACACACACACACACACACCCCUCUCUCUCUCACACACACACACACACACACACACACCCCCCUCUCUCACACACACACACACACACACACACACACACACACACACACACACACCCCUAUCUAGAUGGUUGGAGAGUCUUCUGAUCCAUAGAUUGAUAAUAAACAUGUUUUUAUUAAUGUUUUUUUUUGUACCUUCUAAUAAAACAUCAGAACCAUUAA